CGGGGACAUCAUACAGUGGAGCGCGGGACUUGGGCAGCCAUUCAGAGCAAAAAUUACAGAACUAUGCGCUAACCUAACUGAACAUUACCACCGACACGCCGACUUCUCUAAGUUUUAUGCCCAGCAGGAGAACUACAGAGGGAGGUGGCACACGAGAUUCAACCAGGAGACUGGAUCUGGAUCCAAUCAUUGAAGAAAAAAAACUGGAAGCAGCCUCGGUGGGAGGGACCAUUCCAAGUACUACUGGUGACUGCCUUCGCGGUGAGAAUAGCCGAAAGAGCUACCUGGGUACAUGUCACACAUUGUAAGAGGGCGGGUCAUACUGGCACUGUCGAGCGGUCGCAGGAGUAGGAGAGGAACCGUGACCCAUAUGGAACGGGGGUCAAACUCCUUCUGAAGAUUCCCUAUACCUGACCUUUCCCCAGCUGUGAGCGUUCAUAGAAGUGGAGUGAUGGCUUGGCCUCUUGCUGUUGAUAUGUUCUCGGGGAGAGGGUGGGGCUUCACGUGUGCACUGACCGUCCUGAGCUGUUUUAUUGUGGGGGCCAUAUUCCUGAUUCACCAUGAUUCCCCGGAAAGUGCCAAAGAGGAUAAUUUGACUCAUGUGCUAGAUGAGGGAAAUGGAAUGUUACCUAAGAUUCUCAGAAGGUCACUGAAACAAAAUAGUAAGGAAGUGAGGGUGGAAUUGGGCAAGGUUCUCUCAGUAGAAUUUUGUGUAGAUCAAUUGGGGUCAUUCACCCCUUGGCAGUCUAGAACCAUGGGAUUCUAUGGGAAGUAUUUGUGUAAAUCACCGUGUAAGUCAUGGAGCCAGGUCAUAGCUCACACUGAAAGAGAUGGCUAUGUAAACCCAUACACUCAAUUUGGGACCAGGUGGAGUAUAGUAACGGUUGUCGUUUUGGACUGUGUUCCCGAACAGGAGAAGUAUUGUAUAAAGGUGCGAAUUAACAUUAAGGCGGUCAAUACUCAGGAUCUCGGGUUAUGGUAUGUGGGCUUCGACCAGCUUUCAACUGACACUAUGGUACCGUUCCAGGUGGCAGAAGUUAGAGUCGAUAAGGAGAAUAUGAUUGGCCAAAGUUCAACCAAUCCCUCUAACACAACGGCUAUUCCUAGUGUAAUCAUCCAGGGUAAAGGAGCAGUACGAAUAGUUCAGACCAAGGACCUUAAAGAAGUUAUAGAGGUGGAGACUGGUUUUGGGGAGUCCAACUUAUGGUUGGAAUGGAUUCAAUAUACGGCCAGAUCAGUGGCCAAAGAAGAAUGCUACGCAUGUGCGAAUGCUAAGCCACAGUUAACAACUAUCCCUUUCCCACUGAACGGAAUUAAUUCCCCUAAGGGAAUGGCAUGUAUGGUAAAGCUGUUCACGAAAGCAGGAAUGCCAAGUAAUGAUAGCUGUAUUGAUUUACACUAUUUAUAUCCCCAGAAGAACUCUGCAGUGACCAUCGGGCCCAUCUACCCUGUUUGCUGA